CCGCCUCCCGCGCGCACCGCGCCGCCUCCGCGCCUGGUCCCUGCGCCUCUCGCCCGCCCCGCGCCGGGCCCCGCCCCGCCCCGCCCCGCCGCGGCCGGUCCACUGCUCCCGGCGGGCGGGAGCCGGCCAAGCGGCUGCCCGCCGGGGCUCUGAACGGCGCGGCGGGGCCGGGAGCCAAGGACCCGCCGAGGAGAGCGGCGGCCCCGGACGGCUGCCGGAGGGGCGGCCGCGCGUGGAUGCGGCGGGAGCCGGAAGCCUCGAGCAGCCGGCGCCCUCUCUGCCCCCGGGCGCCCUAUGGCUUGAAGAGCCUGGCCGCCCAGUGGCCCCACUGCCCCAAUGGAUCCACUGAACCUGUCCUGGUACGAUGACGAUCUGGAGAGCCAGAACUGGAGCCGGCCCUUCAAUGGGUCCGAAGGAAAGGCCGACAGGCCCCACUACAACUACUAUGCCAUGCUGCUCACCCUGCUCAUCUUUGUCAUCGUCUUUGGCAACGUGCUGGUAUGCAUGGCCGUGUCCCGUGAGAAGGCGCUGCAGACCACCACCAACUACCUGAUUGUCAGCCUUGCGGUGGCCGACCUCCUUGUGGCCACGCUUGUCAUGCCCUGGGUUGUCUACCUGGAGGUGGUGGGCGAGUGGAAAUUCAGCAGGAUUCACUGUGACAUCUUCGUCACUCUGGAUGUCAUGAUGUGCACAGCAAGCAUUUUGAAUCUGUGUGCCAUCAGCAUCGACAGGUACACAGCCGUGGCCAUGCCCAUGCUGUACAACACGCGCUACAGCUCCAAGCGCCGAGUCACCGUCAUGAUCGCCAUCGUCUGGGUCCUGUCCUUCACCAUCUCCUGCCCGCUGCUCUUCGGACUCAACAACACAGACCAGAACGAGUGCAUCAUCGCCAACCCCGCCUUUGUGGUCUACUCCUCCAUCGUCUCCUUCUACGUGCCCUUCAUCGUCACCCUUCUGGUCUACAUCAAGAUCUACAUCGUCCUCCGCAGGCGUCGCAAGCGGGUCAACACAAAGCGCAGCAGCCGGGCUUUCCGGGCCAAUCUGAAGGCCCCGCUCAAGGGCAACUGCACUCACCCCGAGGACAUGAAACUCUGCACCGUUAUCAUGAAGUCUAAUGGGAGUUUCCCAGUGAACAGGCGGAGACUGGAUGCUGCCCGCCGAGCCCAGGAGCUGGAGAUGGAGAUGCUGUCCAGCACAAGCCCACCCGAGAGGACCCGGUACAGCCCCAUCCCACCCAGCCACCACCAGCUGACCCUCCCCGACCCAUCCCACCAUGGCCUCCACAGCACUCCUGACAGCCCUGCCAAACCAGAGAAGAACGGGCAUGCCAAAGACCACCCCAAGAUUGCCAAGAUCUUUGAGAUCCAGUCCAUGCCCAAUGGCAAAACCCGGACCUCGCUCAAGACCAUGAGCCGUAGGAAGCUCUCCCAGCAGAAGGAGAAGAAAGCCACCCAGAUGCUCGCCAUUGUUCUCGGCGUGUUCAUCAUCUGCUGGCUGCCCUUCUUCAUCACCCACAUCCUGAACAUACACUGUGACUGCAACAUCCCGCCCGUCCUGUACAGCGCCUUCACGUGGCUGGGCUAUGUCAACAGCGCCGUGAACCCCAUCAUCUACACGACCUUCAACAUCGAGUUCCGCAAGGCCUUCCUGAAGAUCCUACACUGCUGAUCCUGCUGCCCACCUGCACAGCAGCCUGCUUCCACCUCCCUGCCCAGGCUGGCCCGGCCUCCAUCCCUGGGAGCUGCGGGCAGGAGGGCACAGAGCGGACUUGCCUUCUCUUCGCCCCGGCAGGCCCUGCAGUGUUAGCUUGGCGCCACGCCCCUCCCUGCCCGCACACCCUCACUCUACCAGGGGAGUGCUAGAGAGCCAGGCAUGGUGCAGCCUUGCGCUGGACCCCCUGGCUCAGGAGCAGCUCACAGAGCCGCCCCCUCCCACUUCCAGGCCCCCUCUCCUUGGCACCAAAGAUGCAGCCGCCUUCUCUGACCCUUUUCUGGACUCUGAGGUUGCCGGGGCCAGUCAGGGCUCAGAGGCCAUGCUCUCUGUUGGGCUCAGCCUGCCUUCACAGGCCUGUGCUGGAGCAGGUGGUGGGGAGGGAUGGACUGGUCACACUCCAUAAGGCCCACACCAGGGGAGCCAGAUCUCUUGCCAAGGUCCCAGGCAACUCCAGUCCUGGGAGACCCAUGUACAUACCAGACUGUGGGAUGAACCCCAGAGAAGCCCAAGCCAAAAAUCUUUGCUCCCUCUCCUGCCCGACAGGAUCCUCUACUUCCCACAGCAGUGGGUCCUGACCUGCUCCACCCUGUUCCAGCUCCUCUGAGGGGAGGAACCCUGAUCUUGAAGGGCCCCAGGAAAGUCUGUGCAGAGGGGAAGCCCACCGCAAGCCCACUCUGCCACCUCCCGAUAGACUCGGUGCAUCCCUUCCCAUAGCAAAUGCUAGGCCAGCCAGGUGACCCAUAAGGUGGGCUUAUGACCACGUCUGGGGCCUGGGUUGGGGUGUCUGAGCUUCUUUAGGGGGCCGCCUCCUGCCACACUUGGCCACAAAACCACUUUCCUUUUCUCUUCCUCUUGCCUCUUCUCUCUCCCGCUCCCUUUCCCUUCUAUUGCCUCCGCCUUAGAGAGCCCAUGGCUAAGAGGCUGCUGAAUACCAUUUGGCCUGGCCUGGCCCUGCCCCGAGGGACAAGGGGAAGCUGCAGCUUGGGGCAUCCCCCGGGCCCCAGACUCUGUAACAUCACUACACAUGCUCCAAACUAAUAAAACUUUGACAAGGGUCACA